CCUUUCAUUUUCAUUCUAGACUUAAUCAGAAAUUAACGUAGCGCAGUAACGCAAUGGGGAGCUAGGGAUGGUUCGAGAAUGUGUUUCUUUAACUUUCAGGAAGGGAAGGGAGGGGGAAAGAAAAGAAAAAGGAAAAAAAACCCAUAUCCCAAGCCAACCUGGCUCAUGCUGAGUUCCUGAAAUCCUGAUGUAAAACUUUGCCACAAAACUUUCUGUGAGAGCAAGGGUGGGGGUGGGGGCCUCCCUAAGAUUUUAUCUAAUUCUUCCCUAGACUGCCCAAAGAAAGGUGAGAGGGACGUGAGGGGUUUGGUGAGAAUGAGGGAGUUUGGGAUUGGGGGCUUGGAGGUGGGGGGAGGAUGGGUGGAAAGGGGAGGGAGGAAUGAAUGGAACUUCUGUAGUAGCUGUCUACACUGAGGGAAGCGUUUCGCACUCCCUGUAAAGGUAAUUUUUGAAACUCAGUCUAGGGGUGAGAGGGGAUUGACAUAUGAGGGUGUGUAUGUGUGUGUGCCAGCCACGGAAGGGGCAAAUCCAGUUUUCACCAGCGAGACUCCCCUCCCCUCCCCCAGCCCCCCCUUUUUUUGUUCGUAAUUUUCCUAGACUCAGACCAUCACUUCUAAGUGAAAGUUGUAGGAAAUGCCCCUGUACUUAGGUAAAGAAUGUGAAAAACAUGAGAGGUGCUGCAUCUUGGGAAAACAAACCCUGAAUUCUUUUCGAUCAGAAUUGUGAGGCUUUAUUUUGGAAUGGGUGGGGGCAGAUUUCAUUUCAAGACCUUGGUGGCUUUUUUUUUUUGGAGGCGGGGUAGGGAUAGUAGGUGCUAGGUUAUGAGAUGAUCCAAGAUUUAAACUUGCAGAAAUCCCCAGUGGUUACUUUACGGUUGCAAGCCACAAGUACGUUUUAAAGAAGCAUGACUGCACAUACAGUACCCAGCAUGCUAGCGGGUACGCCCGCAUAGUCAGGAGUUGAGUCCAUCCAGCCGGGAAGAGCAUGUCCAUACUGAAUGAAGCGAUUUGUGAGAAAUGUGGCUUGACCACUCCCUUGCUCCACAAAGCAUCGCUAUUGUUACCCCCACUUGGGGAUUUGAUGUCUUGUGCUUUGCAUGUCGAUAGACGAUAUAAGAAAAAGGGAGAUAGUGGGUUGGCAUCUUUUUUUCUUCCCUUCCCCCUAAUGUGACAUCUCUUGUUUCAAUGAUCAAAGCCACCACUGGAGUGUAGGAGAUGCGACUGUCAGAUGUAGGCAACAACAAAAAAAAAGACUGUAGCAUGUGCCCAGGACUGUGGUUACAGUAACGCUGACAGAAAUUAAAGUGGUUUUGAAAGCAGCAUGCGAUUUAUGAUGGUUCCCAUUUACCCUAGAGUCAAGCUGUUGUAAAACUGAUGUACAAAAGACAUCAUAAAAUAAUCCUGUGUACCCAGGAUUAAAGAGGUAGAAAGUGGCCUUUUUCUGUAUUUGUGUGUGUGUGUGUGUGUGUGCUUUUGCCUCCCCGGACAGUUGCUGUUGUUUGAUCCUGUUUUUAGGUGGGACGUCAAAACAAAAUAGUAAAGAGAUCUUUUUUGGACUUAGAUAUUUGUCCUUCUGGCAGUAAUUUAUGCUUAACUUUGAAAAACUAGGACAAGGUAGUAUUUUCCCCUCCUAUUCCAAAUCUGCAUAACUUUUCAUCGAUAUAGUUUAUUCCUAUAUAGCAAUCAUUUUGCAAACUGGUUUAUAUUCUAAUUACUUUGAAACAGUGUUUGACGCUUUUACACUCCAGUUUGAGGUAUUAAUACUGACCCUGGUGUCCCAGGAAUACACUUGCCUUAAGUUUGAGUUUAUUUCUGCCUCUGCUAUUUGUUGAGACUGAUCUCUAGCUCUAUUAAAGAAUAGUGAGUGCUUGUGAAAGUAAGUCUAUGGAUAUGGUCUUUUGCAAUCACCAAACUCUCAUCUGAGCCUUUUAGAGGGUGUCAGCGUUCUGUGUUAUUUUGUAGCUGGUUCAUUUAAAGUCCCCAGCAUUAAUGCAGUUUUCUUGGUUGAAGGUGUGUCCUCUUUAACUUCCCAUACUGGAAGGAUAUUUAAAAUCCAGGUUGCUAAUCCCUUUACCAAAGGCCACAUUAAUAUGUUCACCUGAAUGAAGUCACAUUGAGGCUCCAUAUAAACUUUGCUAAAUGAUCUUAUGAGUAAAGUUGGAAACCUGGGUUUUUCAUCUUUGGGAUUAUUGACUGUGCUAUCAUGUCUGCCUAAGAUUUUUGACAAGAAUAAAUUUCAGCUUAUUUUUUUUUUUGAAGGUGAAUUUUUACAAAAUGUUAAUAGCUCACAUACAUCGCCAACGUCUGUGUUUUUCCUACAUGGGAUUCGAGGUGUAUGUGUCAGACAGGGAAAUGUGAUUACAUAAAGCAAAGCCAUAAAGGAGCAGACAAAAGCAGGGCUGACUAUUGCUCUAUUAAAAUGUAAGUGUUACAGUUUGAAUUUCCAAGUGAGAGUUUUUGAGUUCAGUGCUUUACAUAACAUUUUGUCCUAAUCUUGCUUGCUGUCAGGGAUGUUUCAUGGUUGUGCAAUUGCUCCAGUCAAGAAUGCCAAUUUGCAUUCCAGGAGUGUCAUUUGAUUACUUUUAUCUGCACAGCUCCAAGACUGGCCCAGACCUCUCAUUUCAUCUUGCCAUGUCACGAGUCAAUGCUGUGUCGUCUUUGCAAAAAUCUGCCUGAUUUAGACAAGAAAGAAAAGUACUUUCAUGUUGCAGCCGCAGUCCCCUGCUAACUUGUCAGCAGCAGGAUAUGAUUCACUUGGGCCCUGAAGAAUGGAACAGAGAGAAGGGUUAGGCGGUUCAAUAAAGCCCAUGGACAGUCAGAAGAGGCAGAAGUGGAUGUGAGAGAAAGAGACACCCAGAGAGACAGAGAGCAAAACAGGGCAAGAGACUUGGCUUUAAACGACUCCUGCAUUGACAACUCCAUGCAGUUCGGAACCAGAGCAGCCACAACUGAACCUGGGUUCAUGGGGACAUGGCAAAACGCUGACACUAACCUCUUGUUCAGAAUGUCCCAACAGGCCAUCCGCUGUACACUGGUAAAUUGCACGUGUGAAUGUUUCCAGCCCGGGAAGAUUAACCUGAGGACCUGUGAUCAGUGUAAACAUGGAUGGGUGGCACAUGCCUUGGACAAGCUCAGCACACAACAUCUAUACCACCCGACUCAAGUGGAGAUUGUUCAGUCCAACGUAGUGUUUGAUAUCAGCAGCCUGAUGCUGUAUGGGACCCAGGCAGUGCCUGUGAGGCUGAAGAUAUUGCUGGACCGACUCUUCAGUGUGCUCAAGCAGGAGGAAGUAUUGCAUAUUCUCCAUGGCUUAGGCUGGACACUACGAGACUACGUCCGGGGAUACAUCCUUCAGGAUGCUGCCGGCAAGGUGCUAGACCGCUGGGCCAUCAUGUCCCGAGAAGAAGAGAUUAUUACCCUUCAGCAGUUUCUGCGGUUUGGAGAAACCAAAUCCAUCGUAGAGCUGAUGGCGAUUCAAGAGAAAGAAGGGCAGGCCGUGGCUGUACCGUCUUCAAAGACAGAUUCCGAUAUAAGGACUUUUAUUGAAAGCAAUAAUCGCACCAGGAGUCCAAGUCUCCUUGCUCACCUGGAAAACAGCAAUCCUUCCAGCAUUCAUCACUUCGAGAACAUCCCCAACAGCCUUGCCUUCUUGCUUCCUUUCCAGUAUAUAAAUCCGGUCUCUGCCCCCCUCCUUGGUUUACCCCCAAAUGGCUUGCUUCUGGAGCAGCCAGGACUGAGGCUUCGGGAGCCCAGCCUUUCCACGCAGAACGAAUAUAAUGAGAGCAGCGAGUCCGAAGUGUCUCCGACGCCUUAUAAGAGUGAGCAAACCCCCAACAGAAACGCUCUGACGAGCAUCACCAACGUGGAGCCCAAAACGGAGCCGGCCUGCGUGUCCCCCAUUCAGACGUCUGCCCCAAUCAGCGACUUGGCCAAACCGGAGCACACCAAGAGCUCCUUCCGGAUCCACAGGAUGCGCAGGAUGGGCUCCGCCUCCAGGAAAGGGCGCGUGUUCUGCAACGCGUGCGGGAAGACGUUCUACGAUAAGGGCACCCUCAAAAUCCACUAUAACGCCGUCCACCUGAAGAUCAAGCACCGCUGCACCAUCGAGGGCUGCAACAUGGUCUUCAGCUCCCUCCGGAGUCGCAACCGCCACAGCGCCAACCCCAACCCCCGCCUCCACAUGCCCAUGCUGAGGAAUAACCGAGACAAGGACCUGAUCCGGGCCACGUCGGGAGCGGCCACGCCGGUCAUCGCAAGCACGAAGUCGAACCUCACGCUCACCAGCCCGGGCCGGCCCCCCAUGGGUUUCACCACGCCCCCGCUGGACCCCGUCUUGCAGAAUCCUCUCCCCAGCCAACUGGUGUUCUCCGGCUUGAAGACGGUCCAGCCCGUCCCUCCGUUUUACCGCAGCUUGCUGGCCCCCGGAGAGAUGGUGAGCCCCCCGACGUCCCUCCCCACCAGCCCCAUCCUCCCGGCCGGCGGCGCCGUGGAGCCGCACGCCCCCGCGCCCUCCGAGCCGGCCGUGUCCGUGAUGGUGAUGGCCGCCCACGAGCCCGGCGCCGAGCUGGCCCCCAAGAAGAAGCCGCGCAAGUCGAGCAUGCCCGUGAAGAUCGAGAAGGAGAUCAUCGACACGGCCGACGAGUUCGACGACGAGGACGACGAGCCCAACGACAGCGGGGCGGGCGUCAACGAGCUGAGCCACGACAAUCACUGCCAUUCCCACGACGACAUGAGCCCGGGCCUGUCCGUGAAGGACUUCUCCAAGCACGGCCGGAGCCGCUGCCUGUCCCGGACGGAGAUCCGCAGGGCGGACAGCAUGACUUCGGAAGACCAAGAGCACGAGAGGGACUACGAGAACGAGUCCGAGUCGUCGGAGCCGAAGCUGUGCGAGGAGUCCAUGGAAGGGGACGAGCGCAUGCACGGCGAAGGCAACGACAAGGCCAUGAUGAGCAGCGACCGGGCCGACGAGAACCACAACGAGCCCCCCCACCCGGACGUCAUCAAGGUGAAGGAGGAGUUCAGCGACCCCACCUACGACAUGUUCUACAUGAGCCAGUACGGACUGUACAACGGGGGCAGCGCCAGCAUGGCGGCCCUCCACGACACGUUCGCGUCCUCUCUGAACUAUGGCAGCCCGCAGAAGUUCUCCCCGGAAGGGGACUUGUGUUCUAGCCCAGACCCCAAGAUCUGCUACGUGUGCAAGAAGAGUUUCAAAAGCUCGUACAGCGUGAAGCUCCACUACAGAAACGUUCACUUAAAAGAGAUGCACGUCUGCACAGUGGCCGGCUGUAACGCCGCCUUCCCCUCCCGGCGAAGCAGAGACAGAAACAGAAAUUUACGGAUGGAAAGAACCAUAGGUCCAGGACAUCGGAACACCCUGCAUCUCCGUAGACACAGUGCCAACAUAAACUUGCACCGAAAACUGUUGACCAAAGAACUGGAUGACAUGGGCCUAGACUCAUCUCAGCCCUCCCUUAGCAAGGACCUCCGUGAUGAAUUUUUGGUGAAGAUCUACGGUGCGCAGCACCAGAUGGGACUUGACGUAAGGGAAGAUGCCUCCUCCCCAGCAGGCACUGAAGAUUCCCACAUGAAUGGCUAUGGGAGAGGCAUGACUGAAGACUACAUGGUCUUAGACCUGAGUACCACCUCCAGCAUCCAGUCCAGCAGCAGCAUCCAUUCCUCCAGAGAAUCCGAUGCAGGGAGUGAUGAAGGGAUUCUCCUAGAUGACAUUGAUGGGGCGAGUGACAGUGGGGAGUCUGCACACAAGGCUGAGGUCCCUGCCCUCCCUGUAGGCAUUGGGGCUGAAGUUCCUGGAUCCCUCAUGUUCAACAGUGUGUCUGUGAGCAAUGGUGGAAUAAUGUGCAACAUCUGCCACAAAAUGUAUAGCAACAAGGGGACCCUGAGAGUGCACUACAAAACGGUGCAUUUGAGAGAAAUGCAUAAGUGCAAAGUCCCAGGUUGCAAUAUGAUGUUUUCCUCUGUGCGCAGCCGAAAUCGGCACAGUCAGAACCCUAAUCUCCAUAAAAACAUUCCCUUCACUUCAGUAGAUUAGUUUAAGGAUGGACACUUCAAAUGCCAGCUCUCACCAGAUGGCCUACAUGUUUGAACUGCCAUAUUCAGUCUGUGUGUAUGUGUGUGUAUAUAUAUAUGUUGAUACAUAUGUGUAUAUACACACAUAUGCCUGUAUGUGUGUACAUAUAUACAUAUAUUUUUUUCUUUAAAAAAAAAAGAAAGAAAAACACUAGGUGCUUUUGGGUUUUGUUCUUUUUCCUUUAUAUUCUUGGGAAAAGGGUGGGAUCUUUAAAAUGGGGGUAACAAUAAAAUGCCCUUUAAAAAAAACACACACACACAAACUUGCAACUAGUCCCAAAUUUAUUAUAAAAUUACUUGGUCAUCUCCAAAGAGACAGUUUGUUGUACCCAUGACUUUUGCCUGUUAAAAAAAAAAGGAAAAAAGCAGAAAAACAAAAAAAGAGAAAAAGAGGAAAAAAGAAACAAAAAAGGAAACUCUAGUUGUCUUUGUGGACUUUAAGGCUUUGAGAGAACCUUCAACUAAAAGCAUGGCAGAUUCACCUGUAAAUAUUUAGCCUCGAGAGGCCAAUGAUGUAAAACAAUUGUAUUGAUGGUUGUUUAACUCUUCUGUUUAAUUUUUACAGUAUUCAGCUGUUAUAUAUGCAGGAAAAUAAUAGUUUGCUGGCUAGCUCUAUCCAUUUAUGUUAGCUUUAAUGCACAUUUUUAAAAGAUACAUGCUCUUGUUUUUACUACCUGCUAGAUAUAGUGGUAAACAGGUGCUGGCAUGCUUUACAGCACUGGUCUGAUAAAAAAAAAAAGUCCUGUACUAUUACAUAAAUUCAGUCAUGCACUUUUUUUCGUACACUACAAGGGGAUGUGUAAUAUCCAUGAUUACUUUUUAUCCUUAAACUAUUGCCAUACUCAGUAAGUGUCUUUUAAAAAAAAAUACACUUAGAUAAAAAUGGUCUGGUCAGUAUAGGGCAUGAAUGCCAAACAAAAGUAUUAGUGUUAACACAAAACUGCCAACUUUGCACAAGUUUCCAGAAAAGAAAAUACAAUUAGUCACUCAACAUAACCACAGGCCAAUUUGUCGGCCACCAGAAAACCGCUUUAAAAAAAAAUACAACACUUGGUGAUUCUUUCAAGUGCCGAAUGUUAUUAGAAUCAACACUGCAUCCUUCUUGCUUAUAUGUUAAAUUAUAUAAAAGGAGAACAGAAUUAUGUGGUGUGAGACAGCCAAGGCAUUUAUUCUUUUGAGGAAGGAUAAUAUUUCAGGAUACAAAGGCCUAGAUUCCUCACUGCAGAACAAAGCUUGGAUACAGUAAAAGGGGCUGGGUGCUCCCUUCCAAAGCAUCAACCCUUGAGUUCUUUAUAAAAUAACAUCCAAAAAAAAAAAGGGCAAGAAGUCUUGACUGGGUUUUUCUGUUGUCGGGCCGUCUGGUUCGUAGUGAUCACUUCAGUCCUGGUAUGAUUAAGGCCUGGAUGAUGGAUGUAAUCAAAGCCAGUUAGUGGAUGGCAGAAGCACGUCAAAGCUUUGCAAACAUGCGCUGAACCUUAUUAAUUGAGCAACUUUUCCCUUCUGAAAAGUCAGAUGAGAAGUGGAUAAAAUAGGGUCUUUCACUGUUUAAUGUUUUGUGUUUCCCCACAUGAUUCGUCAGAGAGGAAUGAAUGAAAGUCAGACACAGAGCAAUGGAGAGUGAGAAAGGAGGGAGGGAGACUAUUCUCUAAAUCCUUUUUUUGUUUCCGGUGUUUACAAAUGUUGCCUGAGCUGGUAAACCACAUUGGCAGCCUGAGCUACCACAACAUACUGACUAAAUGAGGAUAUUUACUUAAGUUCUGCCUACAGCCAAAACCAUUAGGUUGUAUAUUGUAGACUGUUUUUAUUGUUUGGGGUUUUUUUUUCCUCAGUAAAAAACAAGGAAUAUUUCAGCAGACAAUACAAAACUAACUGAAAGAGAAUGUAUUUCUUUUCUGUACUUAAUGGCCUAGAACAUUUCUUUUAUUCAUCUGAAAUUCAGAAAUGCCCUUUGUUUAAAGCUUCAGGUUGUUUUCAUUUCUCAUGCAUUUUGUACUUCUUUUUUCUACUUUCACAUCAGCUUCCGCUUCCGUUAAAUUUGCCAAAGGAAACUGUCAAUAUGUUUCUUUUUUGUUCCUUUAGGUUUCAUUGUACCUCACAGUAUUUAUUGUUUCCAAAAAUAAGCAUCAUUAUAAUGCUGAGGAGUCAGUAUUUGUGUUUGUAAAAAUUCCAGAACCAAUAUGUCCAAGAGCUUUAUUCUUUUCUUUUUUGUUUCUGUUUUUGUUUUUUUGUUAAUGCUAUAGGGUUCCUUUAGAUAUUCCUUGGUUCUACAGUAAGAAAAAGACCAAAAGUAUUACAGACACAGAAGAAACCGUAUUAAAAGCUACAUAUCAAAAGCAACAAAUGUUUACGGUGAAAAGCUGAGGAAUUACUAUGACCAUUUUAGGGUUUUUUUUUUAAGUCCCCAGAGAUCCUUGUUUUUGUUGUUAGAUGCCAUACAUAACUAUGUACAGUAGCCCUGUGAAAGAGGGCACUAGAAUAACCAAUGUGCAUUCUCUUCCAGUAAAGGGAUCCUUUCAGCAUGGACCACGUAACUCUGCUAUCCACCUCCACAGUGACUAGAUAAGCCAAAAAAGGUUGAAGAUUCAACCAAAAUAACAGAAAAAUAGGGGAAAACACUGGCUUUUCAAUACAUAUAGAGUCAAAAUAAAUGUCACAUCUGACAUUAUUAAAACAUACUUUUUUGUAGUAAUACUGAGAAGCAAGCACUUUGGUUGGGGUAUUAGAAAUCAUCUGGCACCAAAUCAGUUUUUUUUUCUAUAUUUUCCUUUAACUUUGGGCCAUUCAAAAGGGCAAGUGGCCCUAGUAAGUGAGAUCAAAUCAGGACUCCAAAUAGCAGGUCACAUCAACAACCAAAAAAGGCUUAGAACUAAUCUGUUUGUCACAAACCAUAAACCAUGCUAGUAUGUUUCCAAAAAAAGAGAUCGGCAGAGACAAAGAAACUAUAACAAGAAUUCCCCCAGCAUGCAGGGAUGGAUGCUCUAAUUGUCUUUUUUUUUUUCAUUUUCCCUAUCUGUUCAUGCUGCCAGUCUACCUUGGAUCUCUUUAAGUUAUAGCAAGCUUUGGAACUGAGCAGGUGAAAUGGACCAAGCAUUUUUUUUUAAGUGUAAAGAAUUUAUUUUAUUUGAGAUUUGGUGGUAAGGGAGGAAGGGUACCAGGCCAUAUAGGAAAUAAAAUCCUGAGAUCUUUUACUCACCUGGCAGGUCAUUUGAAGAGUUUCACAUGUGCUUACCUAAGAUUAGUGUCCCAGUUCUCAUUGGGAAGGGUAGGGUGUGGAAAAGCCACAUUUUAGCUGGUGAACCCUUCAUCUUUCUUAUUUUGUUUACAUCAGAUAUUCCUCUUAAACACUUUUACUAAUAGUAUUAUUUGCUGCAUGGAAAUUUAUGAAGAUAUAAAUUCCCAGUGAAAAGGGGUUCAACUCCCAGUUAAUUAAUUCCAGCCAGAAUUUGCACCUCAAGUACAGAGUGGUGUUAUUUUGUUAAUGUGCAUGUUCACUAAUGUUUAAGCUUCCUAUUUUGACCAUUUACACACACACACACACAUACAUAUAUAUGCAUAUGUAUAUUUUUGUAAAUACCCGAAGGGUUUUGUCCAUGUUAGGGAAUAACUGCAUGCUAAAUUUGUUCAAAAGGAAGAACAAGGGAGAAAAGAGAAAGGAAGAGUAAGUAAGAAAGGCUGAUUUUGCCUACAGCUUUGAGGUUUUUUUU